AUGUAUCUGAGCGUUUUCCUCAGCACCUCGAAGCAGCCAACCGGCGCAAGCGCAGGAAAAAAAAAAAAAAAAAAAAAAUCCGUCGCUUAUUACAGGCUUUUUUCCACCCCGAAGGGCGGGGGAGGAACGGGCAAGCGGCUCCGCGGAGCAACACUGCCCCCUGCAGACCACAGAAACCAAAAUGCCAGCAAGCCCGGAAGAAAAUCGAUCCUUCCUGCACGGUUUUCGGGCAGAGGACUGGCCAAUGUAGUUGGGAAACUUCUGGGGGAUGCCCCUGAGGACCAGAGAAAGAAAGGGAACCUCUGGAAGGGGCCCGGGCAAACCACCCCUGGACCGCGCGAGUUCCGCUCGACCCGCCCACAGAACCACAGCGAGGCGGGCAAGAAGUCAGGGCGUCCAGGAAGCUCUGGAGUUGCUGAGGGCUGGUUCUGGGCCUGCCCCGGGGAGCAGUGA